AUGCUGGCUCCGGAAACCACCGGUGAAAAGCGGAAGGCCGGUCGCAGCGGCUGGGUCCCGAGACCCCCUCCGCCUCCUCCUCCGCCCUCCCGCCUCUCGCCUCCGUUCUCCGCUCUCCGGCCUCCGCCUCCCCUCCCGCCUCCGCCUCGUCGCCUCAGCCUCGCGGCCUCCGCCCUCUCACCUUCCGACUUCGUCCUCCCGCCUCCGUCCUCCCUCCUCCGUCCUCCCGCCUCCCCCUCUCGGCCUCCGCCUCGUCGCCUCCCCCUUGCGGCCUUCGCCUCAACCUCGUGGCCUCCGCCCUCCCGCGCCCGUCCUACCGCCUCCGCCAGCCUCGCGGCCUCCGCCUCCGCCGUCCCACCUUCCGCCUUCGUCCUCCCGCCUCCGCCUCCGCCUCCUUCUCCGCCCUCCCGCCUCGUCGCCUCCCCCUCGCGGCCUCCGCCUCGUCGCCUAAGCCUCGCGGCCUCCACCUCCGCCCUCCCGACCCCGUCCUUCCGCCUCCACCUCAGCCUCGUGGCCUCCGCUGGAGAAAAGUCGCCUCGGCCCUCCCGCUUCCACCUCCGCAAUCAGUCAAUUUUUUUUUUGUUGGUGUUAAAGGUUUGA